AACUAAUACUGAUGUGUAUAUAAAGCUUCCAAUGCUCCUCGCUGCAGUGAUGCUAUUCGGUUGGAGAUCGAUAAGCAAAACAAGGAGAGAAAACUGGUGUUUUGCUUCAUGAAAUAGUGAACUAAGGAAGACAAAUGCAUUCCUAGAAUUCAGAGGAGAUCGAUAAGCAAAACAAGGAGAGAAAACUGGUGUUUUGCUUCAUGAAAUAGUGAACUAAGGAAGACAAAUGCAUUCCUAGAAUUCAGAGAGAAGGGUCUCCUCCAGUAACUAUAUCAGAUUUGAGCUAUUUAUGACAAUCCAGUAGUAAAUUCUCCUUGGAGCCUUUACAAACAAGUCACUUGGGCAGAUGGAAAGAAGAGAGUUGUCAGUGAACGGUAUAGAGGGAUAUGAUCUACCACCAAGUGCAGGAUGUUUACAGACAGAUUCGACAUUUCUUUAGUUGCAUUGAUGAUUACUCUACAGUCACACUCUUACCUUUUAUUGUAACGAAUGUUCAGUCAAUUAGAGUCCUUCUACCUUGGACAUGCCUAAUUUUUUAUUAUUUUGCUUAACAAAUAGCAAAAGAGUCUUUAAAUCAUUAUGUAAAUACCAUUUGUAUAAGUUAAUACGAAACGAGAAAAUAAAAGAAGGCAUUCAUCUGGAAGGCUGAUCAUCACUAUGUAGAGCAGAAACAACUAGCAUAGAAUCAGUAAACUGGAUUGCUAUAUGUAUCAUCUUUACCAAAAGGAGUGCUUCAUGAUGUCAUGUAUUCUUUUGAAAUGUUUUUGGGAUUUCUGGAGAUAAGGAUUUAUCACUUCUAUGAAGAAAUUUCUGAAACGGUUGAGUAAUAGUCCUGGAAACCCUCCAGGUUGGUUGUUUGACUCUUACACUCAGUUGAACAGAUGACGUGAAACUUUUAUGGUGGAAUAAAUGUUUUGGUAACUUCAGAUGAUCCCCAACAUCAUAUUGUAGAGAAGAAGAACAAAGAAGAAUAUGGGAAAGUUGAGAUGGGGGGAUGAAGGAGCUCGGACUAUGGUUAACUUGGACACUAAUAGAUCCCGUCUCUUGGGACUCUACAACCAAGUGUGUGUAAUUUGGCUACGAUUCAAUCAGACUACAUAGAAGACUGGAGUUUUAGUUUUCAUAUAUGUAGUAUACAUUGUAUCACCUAUAGUGGCUGUAGAGUUGUGAAUACCCUAAACCCCAGAACCAUAAAUUGUGCUGAACCUAUGGACCCAGCCCUCCAUAUCUGAUACUCUUUCCUUCCAGUUCCAGUUCCAGUUCCAGCCUCAAGCCCCUACAACUACGACAGACAGACGCUAGCUCUCCUGCAUUUCCAAUACCCGCCCCAGCCCAUUUUGGAAUCCUCAGAUGAACACUGGCCUUGACCAUUGAGAUUUCUCUAAGACCUUCAUGUAUGUUCAGUUUGGUGCCCACCUGCAAAGGUAGGCAUGCUUGCAAAAGUUUCCCCUCACUGCGAGUCUGUUACCAAUUCUUCUCUUCAGCUACUAAUUCAUUGCCUUCUGUAUCGGAUGGCUUUGGAACUGAGAACAAAAGAACUGAUUUCGGUCUUCUAUUUCAAUCCUGCACAAAACUUCACCAUGCGAAGUGUCUCCAUGCUUUUCUUGUGGUGUCAGCAAAAGCUCAAGAUAUUAUUUUUUCCUCCAGGCUAGUCAAUCGGUAUGCCUACCUUGGUGAUGUUUCAUUCUCACGCCGCACUUUUGAUUCGAUGCCUAGAAAGGAUGUCUAUACCUGGAAUUCAAUGGUGUCUGCAUAUGUUCGCAGUGGACGUUUCCGAGAAGCUGUAGACUGUUUCUCUGAUUUUUUGUUGACCCCUGGUCUGCGACCUGAUUUCUACACUUUUCCUCCUGUCUUGAAAGCGUGUGGGAAUCUAAAUGUUGGGAAGAAAAUACACUGUUGGCUUAUAAAGCUGGGUUUGGAAUGGGAUGUCUUUGUGGCUGCUUCCUUGAUCCAUAUGUAUUCACGGUUUGGAUUUAUUAGCGUUGCUCAUAAAUUGUUUGAUGAGAUGCCAUUCCGGGAUAUGGGUUGUUGGAAUGCAAUGAUUUCUGGGUUUUGUCAGAAUGGGAAUGCAGCAGAUGCAUUAGAUGUCUUGAUUGAAAUGAGAUCGGAGGGUGUAAAGAUGGAUCCUGUAACUGUUGCAAGUCUACUGACUGCUUGUGCACAAUCAGAUGAUUCCUUAAGUGGGAUGCUGAUUCAUUUGUAUGUCAUAAAGCAUGGACUAGAGUUUGAUCUGUUCAUAUGCAAUGCCUUGAUUAACAUGUAUGCUAAAUUUGGUUGCUUGGGACACGCACACAGGGUUUUUUAUGAAAUGCAGGUAAGAGAUUUGGUGUCAUGGAACUCAAUAAUUACUGCAAAUGAGCAGAAUGAUGAGCCGAUGACUGCGCUUGGAUUCUUCAACAGAAUGCAACUAUCCGGCGUUAAGCCUGAUUGGUUAACACUAGUGAGUUUGGCUUCCAUUAUAGCUCAAUUAAAUGAUGCUGAAAUGAGUAGGUCUGUUUAUGGAUUCAUUUUGAGGAGAGAUUGGUUCAAGGAAGAUGUUGUUAUUGGAAAUGCAGUUGUGGACAUGUAUGCAAAGUUGGGUGCUGUAGAUUCUGCACGUACUGUUUUUGAAGGACUUCCUGUCAAGGAUGUGGUUUCAUGGAAUACUUUGAUCACAGGUUACACUCAAAAUGGUCUUGCAAGUGAGGCGAAUGAAGUGUACUGUAUGAUGCAAGAGUGCAAAGAAAUAAUUCCAAACCAAGGAACUUGGGUUAGCAUUCUACCAGCAUAUACCCAUUUAGGGGCCUUGCAACAAGGGAUGAAAAUUCAUGGGCGGGUGAUCAAGAACUGUCUCUACUUGGAUGUAUUUGUGGGUACCUGCUUGAUUGACAUGUAUGGAAAAUGUGGGAGACUAGAUGAUGCAUUAUCAUUAUUCUACCAAGUGCCCAGAAUGAGUUCAGUCACUUGGAAUGCCAUGGUUUCCUGUCUUGGAGUUCAUGGGCAUGGUGGGAAAGCUGUGAAGCUAUUCAAAGAUAUGAUAGAUGAGGGGGUCAAGCCAGAUCAUGUAACCUUUGUAUCUCUAAUGGCAGCUUGUAGUCAUUCAGGUUUGGUCAUGGAGGGUGAAUUGUACUUUCAUAUGAUGCAGAAAGAGUAUGGAAUCAAGCCUGGUUUAAAGCACUUCGGCUGCAUGGUAGAUUUACUUGGUAGAGCUGGGCAUUUAGACAAGGCAUAUAGUUUUAUUAAGACUAUGCCUGUACAGCCUGAUGCUUCUGUUUGGGGGGCACUACUUGGUGCUUGUAGAAUACAUGGGAAUGCUGACUUGGGGAAAAUUGCUUCAGAAGGCUUGUUUGAAGUUGAUUCGGAGAAUGUGGGCUACUAUGUUUUGUUGUCAAAUAUAUACGCAACAACCGGGAAAUGGGAAGGUGUGGAUAAAGUGAGAUCUAUGGCUAGAAACCGCGGACUGAGGAAGACUCCUGGGUGGAGCUCAAUAGAAGUUAACAAUAAAGUUGAUGUCUUUUAUACUGGGAACCAAACACAUCCAUUAUGCGAACAGAUAUACCAGAAGUUGAGGGAACUAACUGAGAAAAUGAAGAGCCUUGGUUAUGUUCCGGACUUCAGCUUUGUGUUGCAGGAUGUCGAGGAUGACGAGAAAGAGCAUAUCCUCACGAGUCAUAGUGAGAGAUUGGCGAUUGCUUUUGGAAUCAUUAGCACGCCUCCUAAAACUCUGAUUCGGGUCUUCAAGAACCUGAGGGUUUGCGGUGAUUGCCACAAUGUGACGAAACUCAUAUCAGUAAUUACGGAGAGGGAGAUCAUUGUGAGGGAUUCAAACCGUUUCCACCAUUUCAAGGAUGGAACUUGCUCAUGUGGGGAUUAUUGGUGAAAAUGAGAAUCAAAUAGAACAGUUGUGGUAUGGUCAAAUGUACAGGAGGUGCAACAAUGGUUCUAGUCUAUACCUUAUAAGCCACAAGCCUAGCAUUUUUUUUUGCUAUUUGCUUGAGCCCAAACACCUCUUCCAUCUGCUUGCCUGUGAAUAAUAUGAAAAAGAAAAGGGCACAUCCAGAGAGUGGACAAAUGAGAAGCACAGAUCAUAUAUAAAUUCCUUAGAAACAUCAUUUGUAAAUAAAUUGUACCAUUCCAGGCAUUUGCAGGACUGCCAUCCACAAAAGUAUGUUCGGGGGACACAUCCAUCAGAAGAGUUGCCUUUCAAGACUUGAAAUUCUUCUGACCAGGUCUGGGAGUCAAAUCUGUUCAUUGUUGUUCGAGAUAGGCGUUCUCAGAAGAUCAUCUCUCCUAGGAAUGAAACUCUGCUGGAAAGCACCGCUGAUUCUAACGUUACUAUAGAAAGCCCCCGGAUGGAUCAUAUAGUGUCUUGUUAUAAGGGGACCCACCUAAGAAGGAAACCGACCUCAGAACACUCAGGUGUAAUCGCAAGAACUUCAGAGCAGAACCCUGCAUGUCAUCAGGAUUCAGUUGGCAGUGCUGCAGAAGUUUCGGGUCAGAACUUUGUGGAUGAGGACAACAGAGGGAAGCUAAACUGUGAAUUCAUUCCAAAAAGGCUUAAAAGGGCUUCACCCAACUUUUCCAGCAAUGAUCAAGUAUGUUCUUUUUUCCAGCUUGUGCCAUUGGGAAAUUUUGAUACAAAGGAGGUUUCAAUGGCCCACAAUACUCCCUCCGGAAGAGAAGAACAAGGGCAUCAUUAGUUGCUAUUAGAGCACCGUGAGAGCUUCAUCUGUCCAAAAUCUAUCUUCACUGAUUCUUAGCGGUUAGCUGAAUUGCAACUCAGUACUGAAGUUUAACAGGUAGAUACUGAUAGAUAGAAAGAAAUUGGAGAUAGUCUUAUUCUUUCCAUUCUCUGCUAUUUGCCGUAAUGCUAUCGAAAGACUAUAUGGAAGAGAUAUGUAUCUAUUGUGCAAAUGAUCUAUGAUGGUGGAUUGGAUAUAUGGAGUAGAUUUAGUUGAUAAAUAGUAGUAGCUUUUAAGAUGGGUUUCUUUGUCAUUUGCCAUCACUUCCCAGUUUUGUUUUAGGUUUAUGCGUUUCAAGUAGGAAGUGCUGUUUUUAUAAUUUGUAGAACAUAUGUAGUGCAAUUUUUUGGUGGUUUGGAAUUGUGUGAAUGUCAUGGGAUGCCAAUCAUGUUCUGUUCCACAUUUU